UUGGGAAUUGUAUCAAUGUACUAUUUGCUACAAUCACGCAAGCUGUAACUAGGUGGCAGUCUGUAUUUGCUUCAAUGUUCUUUUAUUUCUUUUUGUUAUGCUGAAAGCAGUUUGUCAAAUUUAAGUGAAAACUGCUGGUUGCUACGCUUAAACUGCUAACCAAAAAAAACGAAAAGCAACUUAAAUUCCUCUUUCCAACGUAAACAUUGUUCCUUAACAUUGAUAUAGGCCUAAUGUAGAUGUCAUAAGCAAAGUUAAAAUUGACGUGACUCUGAAAUCACUUCUAAAUUGUGUGCCUGAUAGAUCUACUUAGAUGUACACAUUCACUCGCAAUCGACGCCAUUUUGAAUCCUGCUCCUAAAUAGGGAAAACCAGGUCUGAUCUUAUUUAUUGAUCUUGACCGAUACGUCUUCAAAUGUUAGAAACUAUUAUUUACUUACUGGGGGCAGCGAUAUGUUUGUACUACUGUAUAUCGUACGACUUGAUGUAUUCGUCAAGUCAUAACUCCCACGUUUGACUGACUCCGAGAAAUUUCGUUUUAAGCAACGUAAUACAUUGAAGAGGCACGGUGAUCAUACUUAACAAUGAGGAGUGACUGUAUCAACCAAUCAGAAUGAAAGAAAUGAACCAAUCGCGUGCCAGCUUGGCUUGUCUUCCUGUUUUAGUUUUUUUUUUCCCCGUGAACGGAGUAAUAAUUAUUUAAACGGAGUAAUAAUUAUAAAAUAAUUAUUCAACGGCAUUUUUCUUGACUGACAGAGAUCAUGGGUGGCGUCAAACAGGAGCAGAAUGAUGCUCCGCAGCAGCCAAGAGCCUCACAAUCCACAGAACAGCCUCAAGAUGAGCCUAAGAAGAGAGGUUGGCCCAAGGGCAAGAAAAGGAAAAAAGUGCUUCCCAAUGGUCCCAAGGCGCCGGUCACCGGGUAUGUCCGCUUUUUGAAUGAGCGGCGGGAAGUGAUGCGCGCCCGGUAUCCUGACCUCCCUUUCCCGGAAAUCACCAAGAGGCUCGGAGCAGAAUGGACACGAUUAGCGCCAAAUGACAAACAGCGUUAUCUGGACGAGGCGGAGCGGGAGAAGAUGCAGUAUGCCCAGGAACUGAAGGAAUAUCAUCAGACGGAGGCAUAUCAGAUCACUAGCACUAAGAUACAAGACAAGAGGAUUAAGAAAGAGGACAAUCCAUCUGUAAUCAUCAGUGCCAGUUCAGGCUUGCCAAAGCAGACAUCUGAGCUCCCAAGCCGCUUUGAAAUCCCGAUCUUCACAGAGGAGUUCCUCGAUCAGAACAAAGCACGAGAGGCGGAGUUGCGUCGACUUCGCAAGGCCAACGUGGAGUUCGAGGAGCAGAACGCGGUGCUGCAAAGGCACAUCAAAGACAUGUACAACGCCAAAGAGCGCCUGGAGGCGGAGCUGAGCCAGGACGAGAAGCGCACGCAGGCUCUUCAUCAGCACUUGCUGGCCAUUAAACACACGCUGGUCAAUAGUCUGUCUGCUGUGCCGCUACCAGGCACAGGCGAGACAGCAACCCUCGGAAACCUGGAUUCGUAUCUCAGUCGUCUCAGCGGUGCGCUCGAAGGGAACCCUCACAAGCACCGGGCCUUGUUUACGCAGCUUUGCGAUAUCCUCUCUCACCUGGACAGUGAGAAGUUGUAGGACAACUGCACAACCCCUCCCACCUCCCCAAGUCAUUCCUGCACCCGUGGAGUUUCAGGCAAGGUGUUGUCGUCUGCAAUCCACACCAUCUGGGCCGAUGGGUGCGGACUUCUCGGGGGAUGGAAAGGGCAGUGCCAUGAACACGUCGGUCGAAGUGUGCAGCCACUCCGACUUCAGCACAAAUGUGUGACUUUGUUAAAAGUGUGCAGAAACUAUUUUAUAAAGCGUACUCUCUGUUUACUUUGUCAAUAAUGAGGAGUUUACAAGUAAUGCCAUGUGGCAUCGGUGGCUGGGAUCAUCUGUGUGCAGUGUUACUUAGAAUAACUACAAGAAUCCUCGAUUAUGCUUUUGUGCUUGAUCAUGAAAUCUUGUCAUAUCAACUUUUAUUUGGUGUGAACUUUAUUUGUAUUUUGACCAAAAUGCUGUUUGAAACUGUGCUGAAAAUAUUUCCAAUAUAAGGUAGACAAGCUUG